AUGCGUCUUCCAAUCACCAGUGUGGUAAAUUCUACUCAACUGCUAUCUACAACUCUUACUAGUCCAACCUCAACUGCUCUAUCUGCAACUAUCACUCGCACAACCUCAACGCCUCUACUUCCACCAGGCUACUAUGCCCAAGCUACCGAGUUCACGGUGGGCGCUCCACCAAGUCUCUGCAAAUCGAGCUCCUAUUCAUACGAAACAAAAGUGUCCAUCCCUACAGGAUGGAUCUAUCUCAAGCCUGAUGCUCGUUCUGGCUGGGGUCCAGAAGGUUCCAUUUGGGACGUCUCUGCCGGCCCUGGGGCCAAGUUAGUCGAUAUGAAAGCCCAAUGUGCGGGCAGCUCAUGCACAGCCUUUGUCGGUAUCGAUAACGAGGAAGAAAGUGGUAUGAUGAAACAGCGAGCGGAUGGUAGUUGGUAUAUGAACGUCACGGCCCACAUGGAGACCUCACUUAUGGUUUCGGGCCGGCUUGAUAGGCUAGAUGAAACAGUCGGUCGAAUUGUUUCUCAGAAACGCGGGGAAAGUCACGAUAACAAGACGACAUACCCUCUAGUCGUCUCCGGUGUACCGCCAUGCGGUUUGCCGAUUGCACAGAACUGCACCCAACAACACUUUUCGGGUACGCCUCAGCAAUGGGGUGCCUACCAAAUGGACGACUUCCUGAAGUCGUACUUAGCCAAGACCGGCAUCAAUAAUUUUGAAUCUCUGAGAGACCGGACCAUGCGCGAAUUUGGAUAUGGCUUGUCAGAGUUGGACACAGACUGCGACAUAACCGCAGACGACUAUAAUUGUCCCAUAGCGAGUUUUUGCCGAUCACACCCUACCACUUAUGAAACUCGAGGAACGCUUUUGGACUCGUCAAUUGCCCAAUUCGCCCAGUUUCUCAACAUUGUAAUCCAGGGAGUGAAGGGUAUCCAAAGCCCGAUUGCCAUUGCGAUUGACGAGAUCGCCGGAUCCAUCCUGGCACCUGCUGAAGCCGAGAACGAUGGCAAGAUUCUAGGCAUUGCAAACGCUUUUAUGGGGAUCUUAGUCGCCGCCUUUAUUUUCCUCGAUCUGGUAACGGCCGAGUCAAUGGACCUGAUUUGGGGUACCCUGCUCGCAGUAGGUAUCUGUGCAGAAGUUGGGUUAGGCGGUGCUAGCGAUAUUCUCGCCCUGAAUGACCCUGAAAGCGCAGAUUCGGAAUUCAAAGGAGCUACGAAAUACAACAUGGCUGUCGAAAGCGAGAUCAGACAACUAGAGUCAGGUUUCGAGGCUCUCUAUGACAAGAACAUAGGCCAAGACCACAUCGCCCAAAUUCUCGGCGGGGGCCAGUGGACCGGCUGGCAACUCACAGGAAAUUGGAGCAAAACAGGCUUUCAAGACCAAGUCUCCUCAUGGUUUGGGCAAGCUAUGUUUGCUCAGUACGUCACAAAAGCCCUUAAGUCGCAAGGCGCCUACAUUUUGUUCAUCGCAUAUGGCGAUGAUGUUCCGUACAAUGGCAAGACAUGGGGAUUCGACCAGACGACUUGCAAAGAUAACUGGACCACUGACUCCGGUUGGGAGUAUUUUGCUACGUGCAACAUCACAUUCGGUCCGAACGGGACUCCCGGCAUGUCUUUGUUCACGCGACCCAGCAUUAAUGGCUCAGAGUCAAAAUCGUGGAUGAGCAGCAAACUUGCUUAUGGUGACCAAACAAUCACUGGAUGGGACAUCAUGGCAUCCUCAAUUUCGGGUCAGCAGCAAUUUGGGUUCAACUACUCAUUGAUGGACCAAAACUUCACAAAGCUCCUAGAAGAGGGGGGUGUCGAGGGAGCUCAACAGAUAACAAACAUUUUCACGUCUAUCACACCCGACACUGCUGGUCUUUAUAGUGUGCCUGUCUGCGUUGUUGACGACUUGGUUUACGUCCCUGGUGUUGCUCAAGUGAUGAGUGAUAUACGGGACGUCCCAGGCACAAAGCAGUUCUUUCAAACUGAUAACCCUUGCACAUGCGCGGAUGUCAAGGACAGCUUUAACGAUUGCAGUGUUGAGGGGUUUUUCUGGUCACCAGAUGACGCGAAUCAAGAUGAUGAGUCUGCCUAUGACGAGGACUAUGGGAGUUUCUGGGAAUAG